AUGCAGAUUUCUAUUUCUCUGCAGCCAGUGUUUUUAUUAAAGACUGUCUCAUUGCAGGACUCGAGAUGCCCCUCCCCACGAGCCAGCCGUGUGACUCACUUUGUGACCUUCAGGAUCACCAGCAGAGCCUCGGUGGUGGCACUUGGGAGCCCUGCCUCCCCGGAGCACCAGCUGCUGAAGGACAGCAUCCGCCAUCAGCUCCAGUCCCUCUAUCAUGAGGCCUUCUCCAGCUUUGAGGGCGUCGGUAUCCUGCAAUUCAGUGAAGGCCGCAGGGCGAUGCUGGGGAACCUGUCCUUGGAUGAGAGCAGCCUCGCCUCGGAUGGGUCCAACCUGACUGACCUGGCCCUGGAGACCCUCAGCAUCCAUCUCACAGCCAUGGAGCCCUUCCAUCCCCUGCUCCUCCUGCCCGGCUCUGCCCCCUUUGUCCUGCUGGAAAAGAAGAUCCUCCCACAGGUCACGGCCGUGGUGGCAGAAUUCUAUUCAGCGCAUCCCCAGGAGGGGCCCCUGCUCCUCUUCAGUAAUGCGGACCAGUGGGUGGGCCUUUACAUCGAAUACAAGUUCCAGACCCCCAUAGCUACUCACCUCCCUGGCUUGGCCAAUCACCUGGCCCGGAACAUAAUGGAUCCUACUGUCCAGAAAUCCAGCAUCAUGGCCAACGGGGAGAAAGCAGAGCUGGUGCUUUGCGAAGUGUGGCUGCAGAUCCUGGACCAACCCUUCACCGAGGCCCUGAAGGACAAAACCAGCCCUAAGUCCCAGAGACUUCGGGGGCAAUUGACGAGAUGGGUGAAGCCUGACCCACUGACCGCCAGGGUGACUGCCACCUUCUUCAGGCCUGCACCGGCCCGAGCCCUCGUGCAGGGCUGCAUGUUCCAGGGUCUGCGAGCCCUGCAGGAAACUGAGGGCCUCUCUGCGCAGAUGGUCAUCCCAGACCUCGGUGUGGAAGCAGAAGACCUGUUUUGGGGUGUCCAGACACAUGCGGUGGACGGAUGGACUCGGAUGCGGAGUCCUGUCCCCGGGGCCUCAGUUUCUGCCCUGUAA